CAGCCGAACCGAGCGGGGCAGAACCGAACCCAACCGAACCCAGCCGCACACAACCGAACACAGCCGAACCGAGCGGGGCAGAACCGAACGGGACCGAGCGCAGCCGAGCGGCCCCGAACACACCGACACCGAAGCGCACGGGGUCGUUGCGCACCGGCAUGGACCCGCUGCGGGCGCAGCAGCUGGCAGCCGAGCUGGAGGUUGACAUGAUGGCAGACAUGUACAACCGGAUGACGCAGGCGUGCCACCGAAAGUGCGUCCCCCCCCACUACAAGGACGCGGAGCUGUCGAAGGGGGAGAGCGUUUGCCUGGACCGGUGCGUGGCCAAGUACCUGGAGGUGCACGAGAGGAUGGGCAAGAAGCUGACGGAGCUGUCGCUGCAGGACGAGGAGCUGCUGCGGCGCAUGCAGCAGGGCACCGGCACCGCCUGACCCCACACCCCAAUAAACCAGAGCCUUUGGGACA